UUUUCGAUCAAUCAAAUCAACACCAUUAUACAGGAGUGCGUUCUGUCAGCCGUGAAAAAUAUGCAAGAAUUGCAAUUGCAUUGCAAUAAUUCGAAAUCGAAAAUAAGUACUUAAUUUGAAGAACAUUACGGUGUUUGUGGUAUGAAUAAGUGUGUUGGUUACCAUAGAUGAGCCAAAAACUGGUUUGGCAACACUAGAAAUGUCCGAGUUGAUAACACGUUACAAUUUUUUGUAACAGAAACUGACAAGUAAUCAAUUUUUUCUCUAAUUCCUAUGGUGUUUCAUUUUCACAUAAUUCAGAUACCAUAAUGCACGAAUUAUUCACUCAAGUACUGAGUAGUAAAGAUUUAUCCAAGGCUGGUGAUCUUUUCUCUGUACCUGACGAAGCAAUAGCAAGCGGACUUACCGAAGUUAUAAAUGCCAUUUGCGAAAUCGCCAGCUCUCCUGAUUACGUUAACAAUGAUAAUGAUCAGAGUGUUGUAGAAAUAUGCAUUACUCGAGUAACAUCUGCCAUAAGGGAGACGGAUUCCAUCGAACAACAUGCCGAAGCGAUGGUAUCUUUGUUAGAAUCUUGUUUAAAUCAUAAUCUGAAGCCUUCGGCCAAAGGAGAAGAUCCUCCUCAUGCAAAAAUAUCCUCUGAUAUAAUAUCUUGCAUAUUUUUGCAUUAUAGUAAAAAGAAUGUUAUGAAGCGAGUGCUUCCGGUAGCUGUAAAAUUUCUACACAAAGGUAAUAAAGAAAUAUCGAGAAAUAUGGCAUCGUACCUAUCACUUGCUGCUGUUCACAAUGCUCGGCUACUUUCACGACACAUUCAGUUAAUCAUCGAUUCGGUCAUUUCGGGAAACUAUCCUUUAUGUAGAGUACUUCCUCAAAUUUACGAAGAAACCAAGGAUCAAAUUCACGAUCAUGCUAUGGCUCUCGUAUCUCUGCUUCCAUCUUGCGAUCUUACUGAAAAAUUAGCACUUUUACAUCUUUUUGCUUUAAUUUCGAAUAAUAUGCCUACGUUAUUGGAAGCCAGUUUGCCUCAGUUGUGCGAGUAUCUUGGCACAUCAUCUACAGCCUCGGCUACAAUGCAAGUAUUUUUAAAUAUGGCUGAAAAAUAUCCUCAAAUGUUGAUCGAUUCCAUACCAAAGAUUAAAAAGGCGGUUGAUUAUCAUCCAAAUACUCUUUGCCUAGCUGCUCAAGUUUUAGCUGCCAUUGGAAAAUUGAGUAAAGAUAAAGCUCAAGAUGCGUUGAAUUUUGUGCUCGAGUAUUUACCGAAAGUCGAUAGAGGCAGUCAAGGAAUGCUCCUCCGUGAAGCAACUCAACUGUGUUCUAGUUAUCCUGUAUUAUGCACGGAUAAGAUGCUGGCAGAGGUAUGGCAAUGUAGCCGCAAUAAAAGUAAUGAGACUAUGAACAAAGUGAACAUGACAAAUAUGGAUCGAAAUAGCCCAAUAAAUCAAACCAUGAAUGGAAUAACGAUCGUGAAAGUGAACGGUGAAAACGAAAGUAGUAAUUCAAACUGCAAAAUGAAUUCUAAUUUGGGUUCUAGGCCUUUGUCGGUAGUUCAUCCUUCUUCAGUGAUACACAAUGGGGGUUUCGAAGAACCGUGGCUGAAUCGCCAAGAAGUUAAUCGAGUUGUUAUAACUCCUCGUUUAAGAUUGAUCGGAGAUAGCAGAAGUACUGGCCGCUUGCAUACUUCAGCAGCUCACAGAAGUAUGACAAAAUUGAAUAAUGCUAGCAACAGUAAAAUAGGCUCCAUUGGUGGCUUACACAAAAGCAUGACAAAACUGAGUUCAAAUCAGUUGAAUUGCCAGCCUUCGCAACAAAUCCAGCUGCUUAAUUGCCACGCGAAUUCUCAAAAUAAUAGUUCACAAUUGAUAAAUACUCGUCCCAUAAUGACCAGCGGAUAUGCUCAUCAAUACUCAAUUAAUUCUCCAUCUAAUAAAAUCUACUGCGGUGGUGUAACCGUAACGACUCGUGAUAGUAGCCCAACUAAAAGUAUUUUUGGCAGUGCUUCUGCUUUACGAGACGAUGGAAUAGUUACAUCUUCUUCGAUCGCUAGACAUUCCAUUCCAACAUAUUGCUCGGUUCAAUCAUCCCAUGAUUCAUCAAAUUACCAUUUGAUACAGUCAGAUGUCAAUCAUUUAAUGAAUUCGUCUUCCCAUCACCAAACUUCUGCAAGAUUACUGAGCACUCCGAGCAGUUCACCAUUAAAUCAAUCACUGAUUUUAAAUCAGUCGAGUGUUGGUAAUUUACAGUCCAUUUCAGGGAGCCUAGAAGCUACAGAAAGUAUUCCAUCUCCUACCAUUGUGGUACCCAGAAAACCAAAGGGUACAACGGUGACUAUUGUGAAUAAUAAUCAUAAACCAUCGGUUUCUUCCCUAUCCCAAAGAAUAAGUGUAUUUGAGCCGUAUCCAAUGAGAGAUACUAUUCAGCAUUUCUGUGAAAAGCAUUUAGAUAAAAUAAAAACCUACAUGGAAAACGUAUCUCUGCAUAUUCCUCCUCCAGCCAAAUGUACUAUUGAAGAAAGACGAGCUAAAAAAAUGGUAAAAUUGCAUUUCGCCUGUCAAGGACGUGGCGAACAUUGCCUUUAUAAUAGAACAUUUUUCACUAUGAAAACACGUUAUCCCCGGAUAUGGAUACAUCUCAUGUUCCUUACCUUGCAAGCACGUUCAUCUUCAGCUUUAAGUUCUAGACAUGCCGCCGUUACAUCUUUGAAAAAUUGUUGGGAUAUUCUAAAAUGUGAAAAUAGAACAUUCCUUACUCUUGUUACGUCGGCGUUCCCUUGUAUCAAAGAUCAAGAAGUACUUCUAAACGAGCUACGCCGAAGUGGAUUUUGUGACGUUUUCGAGUGUAGCGGUAGCAGAAUGAAUCUAUGGUGUUGCUUUUUAUGCAAUCAUCCUGAACGUGCUAUUGGAUUUUUACAAGAUAGCCAACCUGUGAUCGAAGGGCAGCUGAAAGAAAAAAAAGGUCGAUGGAAACUGUUCAAAAGAUGGAAAACACGUUAUUUCACUUUAUCCGGAGCACAUUUAUCAUACAAAGAAUCGAAAGAUGAUAAAGAAGUUACUCCGAUCGAAGUUCAUCAAAUCAGAAGCGUAAAAGUGUGUCGAGGAGCGAGAAACAUACCAAAAGCGUUUGAAAUAUUUACUGGUGAUCAGUCUCUAAUAUUGAAACCAAAACGAGGUAAAAAUGCCGAAGAAUGGGUGCAGUGUUUGUCGAUCGUGGUUGCUCAUUCUCAAGCGAAAGAAAUUCCGUCCAGAAGUUCUAGUUUAAUUAGAAAUACUACUUGAGAAUGCUCUCAUUUGUAUUUGUAAUUUUUUUGUAUGCAUAGUAAUUUUUUCAUUGUUAAUUCUUAUACUUUUACAAUUACAAAUAGAUUUUGGUUUUUUUGUUUUUA